ACGCCACCAAAUCUUUGAGUAAACAAUCGUGUGCUCAAGCAGAAGAGAAACACGCUAGAGGAUAAAAUCAAUAUCGCGCUUCUCAAUGAAGAGGGAUCCGCGAACUGCCCUGUUGCAGGCCACUGCUGACAGGCAGGACCAUGUGCUAAUUGGUCGCACAGCCCUUUUGACAGCUCAUACGCAGAGCAGGGCCCAGGCUGCCGAGAUCUUAUCAGAUCUGCGCACGCACGGUAUCUAUGGCGGAAGCAUCACCUACGUAACCGUUGGCGACGUGCGGGAGACCAGCUAGCUGCACAUAGUGGAUCGUCCUGAGCCUGAACAGUAAUUUCGUUGCGACUGGUGGUAUAAGGAACAAUUGAAGAAGCAUUGUGCUAUAAAUGUAUGUGGCAUACGGAUAUUUGUGGCAUGGCAGGUUGUAAGCUUCCUUUUGAAGGAGCUUGCCGUGGGGUCCAGCACCGCACUCUCACCUGAUAUUGCAACUCGUGACGCAGCAGAGCAGAGGCUUGUAGAGGAGGUCCUGGCUGAGGACAAGGGGCUGAGGGAGCUGCGGAGGCUCCUAUUGAAUGCCCUGACCAAUCAGAUCAAGUCUUUUGUUGGGGAGGUCGAGGUGAAAUUUAGUUUGCCUGCUGACAGAAAAUCACACCACCACUCGAGCCUUUGCAGCUGAGGCCUACCCAUUGCAGGCAGCACACUAUGGCUGGCUCGGAUGCCUCCCUAUCAUGCCCAGCAAGCCGACAAAGGAUAAUGCGCACAUCACCUAUGCC